AUAUUUCGGUGUUUAUACAACUCUUUGGAACUGGUGUGAUGGAAUUGACAUAAAAAAGUAAUUCUUUUAGCCAUAUUUUAAUUAGUUUUUAUUGUAAGAAAAUUUGAACAUUCUAAUUCUAUUCAAACUAUUUUUUGGGACGUUGUGGAAAAUGGUGGUAUUCUUUCAUUUGAAUAAUACUAAACAGAAAGGGAUGAGAAGAGUUCACGACUAUUGACCAUUCUAGAAAAAAUGAAAAUCAUUUGGCUACAAUCCUAAAUAAAAGGGAAGGACAAAGAAGUUAUACCUCAACAUUACUUUUAAAGAUUAGGUGCUGAGAAGCUGCAUACCCUGUAUCAUCUGCAUACAAGCCCACACUUCUUCAUUUUAGAAAAAAAAAAUUAACUGAAGAAGAAGAAAACGACGAAGAAGCUGGAGAAAAGCAGGGGUUGACAAUUAGAUAGGACAUAUACUAGAAGUGAGAGGGAGGCGUUUUAACAUAGGCAUAAAAGGUGUUUAAAAAAGGUCUAAAGAUGCAUUUACAGUUGUAGAAAAAAACGUCUGCGAUUAGAACGUUAUAAAAAUUCGAAUAUUGAUUAUCGAAUAUUGUUGAGUCGCGUAGGUUACAAAAAAAUGUUUUUUAAAAAUGUUUGAGAAGUGACAUUAAUAUUUUGAUUAUCAAUCAAUAUGUGCAGAGAAUCUUCGGAGUAUUUGGGUUGUAUAUGGCGUCGAGAAAUAUGGCGGUUUUAUUUGUCUUGACUACACGAUAAUCUCCAUGGAAACACGCCAUGGUAAAUACCAACGCCAAAACGAGUUUCUUCGUUGGUUGUGAAUUCGACUGGUAAGAGGAUGGGUUUUUUUUGGUUUUUUUUUUUCGUUCUUUAAACACUUUUUGACCAAGAUAUCAUUUUGUACUGAUUGUGAAUACUUUUGAAAAUUAGACUUGAGAAUUUAGACAAGAAUAAAAAGGAUGCCAAUAUGUUUUUUUCUGUUUUUGAGGAAAUUUCUUUGACCAAAUAUUUAAUAGCUAGCUCUUUAAGUCCAAAAGCAUUUGCCAGUUGUUCAGUGUGUUUUUGUGUUUUUUCUUUAGACUCUUUGUUGUUACCUUGCGCUCUAUAACAGUGCUAGUAGCUUUAGUUAGAACGUAGCGAUGUAUAUUUUGAAUCCUACGUGGUUCCGGUAUCGCGUUGAGGAGCAGAAGAAACCACAGAUGAAGAGGAGAGAGAAGUGGAAGGCAUCUACUACAGUGGUACCUACGAAAGUACCUGCUAGUAAGAAAAAGAAAAUCAAGGUUGUGAAACUGAAGAGGAGCCGUCCAACCGUCGUCGUUGACGGUCGCGAAGAUGGACGGCACGUAGGUAAGUCUCAGGUAAGUAAAAAACUUAAUUCUGUUGAUGGCACAACAUUUUUACAUCUUGUGAGGAAACGAAAAGUUGAACCCGAGCUUGAAAAAUUAGCAGUUAGACCAUGUCGCAAGAGAAAACGAAUUGUUAACCAUAUUGAGGAACUUGAGUUAAAAACUAUCAUCCCAUUUAAAAAAAUGCGCCUGCAGGAAGUUAAAGUAUUUGGCCAAAAUCUAACUCCAAAAGAACUAGAUGAUGAAGUAUUUAAGUUUGUUCGUCUUUGUAGAUGCGAGGUGGACUGUGAUAACCCCAAAUUCUUUGAAGGUCUUUCUUUGUAAUUUGACUUUUUGUUUCUGAUUUGAUUUUGUUUGCCCUCCUUUCGCUGUUUUUAGUCAUUUCAUCUUGUAUUCUUAUCUAACUUUAUUUCUUCUUUUUUAUAGCAAUGACUGAAUCAAUUUUUGACUGUAAUAUUUUUUUACUCUUAUUUUUGACAGGAUUACUGCAACACAUUUUUGACUCUUUUGAAUAAACAUGUAAAACAAACAUAGAUAAACAAAUAAGUAAAAUUAAUAAAUAAAAUAAACAAAUAAAACAAACAUAAAAGUAAACAAAUAAAACAAAUAAAUAAAAUAAACAAAUAAAUAAAAUUAAUAAAUAAAAUAAACAAAUAAAACAAAUAAAUAAAAUAAACAAAUAAAUAAAAUAAACAAAUAAAAUAAAUAAACACGUAAACAAAUAAACAAACAUAAAAAUAAGCAAAUAAACAAACAUAAAAUUAAACAAAUAAAAUAAAACAAACUUAAAAAUAAACAAAUAAAACAAACAAAAAAAUAAACAAAUAAAUAAAGAAACAAAUAAAACAAAUAUAAAAAUAAACAAAAAAAACAAACUUAAAAUAAACAAAUAAAAUGAAGAAACACGUAACAACAAAACACAAAAACAACAACAAAUAAAACAAAUAAAUCAAACAUAAAAAUAAACAAAUAAACAAUUAAAACAAACUUAAAUUAAACAAAUAAACAUAUGAAACCAGCAUAAAAAAUAAACAAAUAAAACAAACAUAAAAA